AUGGGUUCAAUUUGUCUUAUUUUUUGUGCCACCGGUCAUGUAGGAAGCGCUGCCGCUGCAUAUGUAUUGGAAUAUGGUCAUUACGACAUUGUUCGUCUGACCACUCGUCGACCAGAGUCACUUCAGAAUAAGACAAUGACCAUCAACAGCAAAACUCGACUGGAGGUGGUGACGUGUGAUCUAAACAGUGAAGAAGAUAUUCGACGUGCAUUUUCUGGAGGCGUUAAAUCUGUGUUUCUUAUUACCCCCGAUGACUUUUUCGAUAAUGAAUGGCUUGACAAAAUUCGAGUCACAAUUCAGUACUACGCUUCGGCUGUGCGAGCAGCGGUAAAGAAGGGAAGCCUUGACCGAAUUGUAUGCCUAUCAACAAUUGGUGCACAACUCUUGGAAGACGCUGGUGAUUUAUCCGUUUCUGGGGAACUAGAAGAUGUUAUUACAGAUGCCGCAUCUGAUAGGUGUGUAGAGGUUAUUUGCAUACGUCCUGGGUACUUUUUCAGUAAUUUUCGUACAGAAUUAAGUGAGGCACUGUCAACCGGUGUUAUGACGACACAAAUGCCGGAGGAUGCGCGAUUUCCUUGUCAGGCACCACAAGAUGUUGGGAAGCGUGUCGGUAAGGCUCUCGUACAACCUUUUUAUCCAGUUUCGGAUGCACAUGGUAAUUCUAAUAUGUCGAAAAAAACAGUAAUUCAGUUCGCUUUUCCAACACUGUACAGCGUUGGUGAUGUGGCACGAAUUCUUCAAGAAAUUACAGGAAAAUAUAUUCAUCUGCAUAUCCUUUCAGAGUCUGAAUGGCGAUCUAUACUUGAAGCUGCUGGGUAUCCCCCACGUCGGGUCCAAAGUCUCGUAGAGAUGUCUAACUGCAUUGCUACUGGUCGGGCUCAAUUUGAUCCAUCCGAUGGAAAAAUAGAAAAGGCAACCACAUCCUUGGAGGAGUAUCUAAAUGAAUUUGUAGAGGAGGAUGUACGAGUGUAA